CUGAUAACCGGUUGAGCCUGCGAGAGCUGUCAGCUGCGUUGCCGAAUGGUUCUUGAUUCUUCUCUCAACUUGGGAGUUGGGACGGUACACAGUCCAGCUGGCGCGGUCGAGCGUCUUCUUCUUCUGUCUUGGCUCGGAUUCGCUCUCUGCAAAGCCAAGGCCGGCCGAGUCAGAGCCACGGGCAGCCGGUUCCAUAACGGAUCGUCGAUCUGCACGAGACCAUGUCGCGCAGCACCGGCAAGGGCAUGCUUGCCCGUGUGCAGCUGGACCCUUUGCUUCACUCUUCCCUCGUCCACCUGCCCAUAUCUUUGCAUGCUCCUCUCAUCGAGCGCAAUGUUGCUCCUCAGAAUAUUGUUGUAGAACUCACAGUCCAGGGCAAAGACGGCAAGGAGGGCGCCAAGUACUACUGCGGUUGGAGCGGCCGGUCCGCGGCACCGCUUCCGGCAAGCGAGGCUAUCGCUCAGUCUUCCAACUCGGCUGCCAGCGCCGUGCCCAGCGCAAGCGUGAUCUGCAUCUCGCCUGCUCUGGCAAACUCCUUCCAGCCUGUUUUGCGUACCAAGGAUGGCUCAGAGCUCGUUCGCAUCACUCUUUUGCGUUCACCUCCGCUGCCGGUAGCCUCAAGAGUUGAUGUUUCUCCACUUGACGCGGACGACUGGGAGAUCCUUGGAACUUACGCUGAAGCUAUUGAGCUCAAUUUGCUCGAACAAUGCCGAGCUGCAUGUAAGGGCAUGAUCCUCGUGGUCUUCGCCGGGAAAGGUGGCAGGACAACUUGUAGGUUCAGAGUCGACUCCACGGAUCCACCUACUCGGAGCAUCGCCCCGGAUUCUUCGCAGAACGAAGAUGGAGCUUCUACUUCGAGCAGGGCAGUGCGAUUGUCCACAGAUACCGAACUAAUCAUUGCACCAAAGCCACGCGCGUCACACCAGCCAACUGAGCAACCUCCGGAAGACUUAGACCUGACAUCGAACCAGAGUGCAAGAUUGCAGGCUAUCUCUCAAAAGUCCAUUGAGGAAUUAGCGGACCGCUCGGUCUCUGUUCCGGAGGCAAGGCUUGUGCUACGCCGGAUGUUGUACAGAGUCAUGCCGUCGCUCUACGGGCCAAAAGCAGUCCCUCGAACCAUAGCGAAUGGGGCUGCGGAUGGAUCUCACCCUUCUCGCUCAUCUUCAGCAGCCUGGGCAGAUAAACUGGUGCUGCUGGAUUCGCAAAGCUAUGAGCUCUUGGCCAAAACCUUUUCGACCUUCCGGUGCUCAGUCACAAAAGUCCCGUGCCCAAACGGCAGCAAUACCUCUAGCAUCGAGAAUGCUUUGCGGAGUGAUGCAAAGGCGAAUGGAAAGAGUAAAGAGAGCGAGGGAGAUGACAGAGUUGAAGAAGAGGGAGACAGCUCAGAUAUGGAGUGGGACGAAUCAACAUCUUCUGUGUCCGUAUCGGAAGGGGAUGACUCUGGUCAAUCGCAAGACGGCAGUCAGCUGCCGGAAAGACCGACGGUCGGCGCUGCCUUCAUCGACGGAGAAGCAUAUAUGUUCGGAGCCGAUGGCGCCCAAUGGCCUCGAAGGCAUGUCUGGCUGGGCAGCGAGGUGAGGAAGAGCCUCGGCGUCCAAGACUACGACCUCGUAUUUUUUUCGGCACCCAGUCCAGCGACUUCUGCGCAAAUCAGCAAGCUCGAGGUGCCAAUCCAUUCAGCGCUGGUCAACGUCAAUGGAGCAGGGCCUCUGGGUCAGCGAGAAAAACGAAGGCUCGCAGGCGUCGACACGGUUCUGGCCCAAUGUGCUAGCGUUGUCAGGAACACGUUUCUAUCUCGCUCGCUGUUCCAAUGCAUCGAGACCAGCAAGCGUUCCGGUAAAAGUGGAAAGUCAAGAGUAUUCGGCCCCAUACCCUCUGGCAUGCUCAUCACAGGUGGUGCCGGCGCUGGCAAGACAUCUGUAGCGAAAGGGGUUCUGCGUCAGCUGUCCUUGCCAGCUGAUCCAUCGGGCCUGACUCCCCUUGUCGCUCCGCACUUCGUCGACUGCGCAGCAUACAGUGAAGAACGUGUCCCCGCGCUCCGCGCCCUUUUCCAAUCUUGGCUGAAUGCAGCUACAUGGAAUGCGCCCUCCGUGCUUGUGCUCGACAACGUCGACCGGCUUGUGCCAGCGGAGCAGGAACAUUCCGAUGGAAGUCGCAAUCGCCAGCUGGCGGAGAACCUCAUCAGUCGGAUCAAACAGACUGUUGCCGAGUCUGAUGUCUUUGUCAUCCUGACUGCUCAGAGUACGACGGCAGUGCACGCGCUUCUGAACGGUUCCCACAUCUUUGCUGAAACGGUGCAGCUGAAAGCGCCACCUAAGGAAACUAGACGCGAGAUUCUCGAAUUUUUGGUGCAGAAGAAAUUAACCCUCGGAGCGCUCGAACAGGAAGGUCUCAACUUUGUGACACUCAGCACUCAGACAGAAGGAUAUUUGCCCGCAGACCUGCAGGACUUGAUCGAGCGUGCUGUACACGAGGCGGCCAUACAUGCUUCCACCUCUACUGCAGCGCAGCAAUACGCUUCCUCGCCGAUGGUGCUCUCACUCACCAUGCAAGACUUUGCAAAGGCCCAGGAGGGGUUCACGCCACUCUCCUUGCGCGACGUCAAGCUGGAAAAGUCUGAGACUUCGUGGUCUGAUAUUGGAGGCUUAGUCGAAACGCGCCGGAUACUGCGCGAAACACUCGAGUGGCCCACUAAGUAUGCUGCGAUCUUCGCUAACUGCCCGCUUCGACUGCGCUCGGGGCUGCUGCUUUAUGGCUAUCCCGGAUGCGGCAAGACGCUGCUAGCCAGCGCUGUCGCUAAAGAGUGCGGCCUCAAUUUCAUCAGCGUCAAAGGACCGGAAAUUCUAAACAAGUAUAUUGGCGCAAGCGAAAAGUCGGUGCGCGACUUGUUCGACCGAGCGCAAGCUGCCAAACCAUGCGUGCUCUUCUUCGACGAAUUCGAUUCGAUUGCACCGAAGAGAGGCCACGACAGCACAGGCGUGACCGAUCGCGUUGUCAACCAGCUUUUGACGCAGAUGGACGGAGCAGAAGGCUUGAAUGGAGUUUAUGUCCUGGCUGCCACUUCACGACCGGACCUGAUCGACUCUGCUCUCUUGCGACCGGGGCGCCUGGACAAGUCGCUGCUGUGCGAUAUGCCGAGCGAGGAAGAUCGAUUGGACAUCAUGCGUGCUGUGUCGCAGAAAGUUAAGCUGCAUCCAGACGUCGACCUGAAAGAGUGGGCAAAGAGGACGGAAGGCUUCUCUGGCGCAGAUCUGCAGGCGCUGCUCUACAAUGCACACCUUGAGACGAUUCACGAGUCGAUCAACAACACGAAGCUAGUUUCGAGCAAUGGCAACAUAGCAAGCAAGAAGGAUGGCGAGCAGAACGACGUGCGGUUCGUCUGUGUUGGCGGUGGCGAUAACGACGCUCAUUCGCGCCUCAGCGGCGCCCAGCACCAGGCACUCUCUCGAAGGCUGGCGCUCAUGCUUGACAACUCCCUGCCGAAAAAGGAAUCACUCUCCAACGGCGUAGCUCGUGCCAAUGGCCUCUCCGUUGCUCAAGAUGAAGUGGUGCGCGAGUCCGUGCCUAUAGAGGGGAAGAGACUCGUCACGAGUGAGCACCUGCAACGCUCUCUGAAGGCCACGAGACCUAGUGUGCCGGCCGAUGAGCAGAGGAGGCUUCAGAGGAUCUACUCUGCUUUUGCAGGAGAGCGAGAUGGGAAGUUCCCGGAUGGUGAGGCGAGUCAAAAGAUCGGAGCAAGGGAGUCGCUCAUGUAGCUCAGAAAUCAUCCGGUGUUUGCUGGCGUGCUUGCCAUGUUAGCAAACGGAAUGGAAAGUGCCCAAAUGAUGCAG